AGUCUGACAGGUUCCAGAGACAGUUUUCUACAGCCAUGGCCCAAAGGCUUACAGGUGAACAGACACUGGACCACUAUGAGGAUAGCACCCAUGCAAGCAUCUUCACCUAUACCAACAGCAACAGCACCAGAGGUCCCUUUGAAGGCCCCAAUUAUCACAUUGCUCCCAGGUGGGUGUACCACCUCACCAGCACCUGGAUGAUUCUUGUGGUCAUUGCAUCUGUCUUCACUAAUGGACUUGUGCUGGCAGCCACCAUGAGAUUCAAGAAGCUGCGCCAUCCACUGAACUGGAUUCUGGUGAACUUGGCAGUUGCUGACCUAGCAGAGACCAUUAUUGCCAGCACUAUCAGUGUUGUGAACCAAAUCUAUGGCUACUUCGUUCUGGGACACCCUCUGUGUGUCAUAGAAGGUUACAUUGUCUCAUUGUGUGGAAUCACAGGCCUCUGGUCCCUGGCCAUCAUUUCCUGGGAGAGAUGGCUGGUGGUCUGCAAGCCCUUUGGCAAUGUGAGAUUUGAUGCUAAGCUGGCCACUGUGGGAAUCGUCUUCUCCUGGGUCUGGGCUGCUAUAUGGACGGCCCCACCAAUCUUUGGUUGGAGCAGGUACUGGCCUUAUGGCCUGAAGACAUCCUGUGGCCCAGACGUGUUCAGCGGUACCUCGUACCCCGGGGUUCAGUCUUAUAUGAUGGUCCUCAUGGUCACGUGCUGCAUCUUCCCACUCAGCAUCAUCGUGCUCUGCUACCUCCAAGUGUGGCUGGCCAUCCGAGCAGUGGCAAAGCAACAGAAAGAAUCUGAGUCCACCCAGAAGGCCGAGAAGGAGGUGACACGCAUGGUGGUGGUGAUGGUCUUCGCAUACUGCCUCUGCUGGGGACCCUAUACUUUCUUUGCAUGCUUUGCUACUGCCCACCCUGGCUAUGCCUUCCACCCUCUUGUGGCCUCCCUACCAUCCUACUUUGCCAAAAGUGCCACUAUCUACAACCCCAUUAUCUAUGUCUUUAUGAACCGGCAGGCCCUGGUGCAUGCCAGUUUCGAAACUGCAUCUUACAGCUCUUUGGAAAGAAGGUUGAUGAUAGCUCUGAACUUUCCAGCACCUCCAAGACAGAAGUCUCAUCUGUCUCUUCAGUGUCACCUGCAUAAAGUCUGCCUCCAACCUGUCCCAUCCAUCAAAGCUUUGGCCAUGUUUUACCUCCCUUCUCAUAUAUCCUUGUGAAAUAAACAUAAUUUCUCCUUGC